AUGUCGAUCCUGAACGCGGACGUUCUCCACAUAGUCAGCAAUGAACUGCUUCACAGGGAAGGUAGAAGAACAGGGUCCUCGCUUCUGAGUCUGUCUGUCGCAUCUCGUCUCUGUCGCCAAGCUUGUCUGCCUAUCAUAUUUUCCGAUGUGCGCUGGCCGCACAAGUCAAAGACCGAUCCAGACAACAGGCUAUCUUUCUUACCAGAAUCAUUGCGUCCGCAUGUUAGACAUCUCUAUCUUGUCUGGCACGACGAGUGGACAGAACCCGGUCGUUUGCGCCACGGUUACUUCGAUCGCGACGGCAUGUACACACCGUCCAGCUUGGAUAUCGUUUCCUCUGCUAUAGUGUGCAUGCCCAAGCUAUACAGAAUUACCAUGAGCUUCCCAUUUAUUCCUCCCCAGUCCCUCUUCCAGGCAAUCGGACAAUGCGCCUCACUCACGUCUUUCUCGCUCGUAGACACGCCCAUAGAUAUGGGUCUCGUAUCGGUGUAUCCUUCCGCCCUUUCUCGUGUUAACCUUUCCCAGGUAGGACAGUCCUUGCGCAUCGGGGACGGGCCAACAGAUCCAAAAGUCUCCGAUAUAACCUACUUUAUGCGAGACUGGAGGAGGAAAUAUCGUCUGCAAGCACAGAUUCGUGGCCUCAGGGAGCCACGGGCCUGCGCGGUGUUCCUCCGUCAACAGGCACCAUGCCUCACCCAUCUCGACAUUUCAGGCGGCCUUUGUUCCUUUGCAACCCUUGCUGCUGUGCAGUGGCCAGAGUUGCGUACCCUGGUACUGUAUGGACAUGUACCGGGCACGCAAAUAUCGUACGCAUACCCCGUUACUCCACCGCCAGAGGCAUCGAUUUGGGAUGCCCUCGAACGCAUGCCGAUGCUAAACGAUCUACGACUGCUGUUCUCUCGUCCGAGAGGAAAAGAGUUUUCUUUGCUUCCACAAGACGGUUCUCCACAUCCUAGGCACCUGGAGAAACUAGCAUCGUUAACGAAUUUCGCAAUUUCCAACGCGUGCAAUCUCGACGGCAUUCUGAACUAUUUCCCCUCACUUCAAAAGCUGGCUAUCCUCGCGGUGAUCGACUUGCCCCGGUGGCCGAUUGCCCUCUCUCAUGCGGAGGCCGAGCGGGUGGCCACCGACGUUGCUGCGAGCGGCUGUCCUUUAAAGCAUUUGCGCAUUAUUAUCGAAGACAAGCUGACCCCACGACUCUGUCAUCUUAUCGCCACCCUGUUCCCGCUUUUGGAAGUACUUGAGAUUGAACGAUGUGGAUAUCACGACGGAAAGUCCAUGUCUACAUGUCAGGAAUUCGUUGAUGCAUUAUUGCCGUUGUCUGCGCUCCAGUCUCUACGACUAUGCAUGCAAUUCCCCGAAUACGAUGAGGUAGACGAAAUGGAAUCGUGGAAAACUGCACGAGCCCAGUGCGCUGAUAUGUUUGCAAGCAGCCUCAAGAGCAUCCAACAGGUUGGUUUUGAGUACCGCAAGCGCGCGGGGACGCACCGGUAUCAGGAUUCUUGGCUUGAUUUCACGAUUACACGCAGCGAGGGUACGGAUCAGCGGUGUAUUCUCCGACAACUCCCCGAAUUGUGGUACGAAUUCCCGGAAGUGUGGACGUCCACGCGGUUGCCAUUCUGA